AUGUUCAGAAGAAGUUUAAGUAAAACCACUAAACCAUUAAAACUAAAGGAUAUUGAAUAUGGUGCUUUAUCCAAGGCUCAACAAGCAUAUUUAGAUAGGCUAAUAAGAGUUGACCAAGCAGGAGAAUUGGGAGCCAAUUUAAUUUAUAAUGGCCAAUAUUUAGUAUUAGCAAAUAAGUUCCCUCAUUUAAAGCCUGUGUUACAACAUAUGUGGGAUCAAGAAGUUCACCAUCAGAAUACUUUCAACGAUUUACAAACCAGAAGAAGAGUCAGGCCAUCAUUGUUAACACCAUUAUGGAAAGUUGGGGCUUUAGGUCUUGGAGCUGCAACCGCAAUGUUAAGUAAGGAAGCUGCUAUGGCAUGUACAGUAGCUGUUGAAACAGUCAUCGGUAACCAUUAUAAUCAACAAUUAAGAGUGUUAGCUAACCAAUUCGAUAUACCAGUUUAUGAUAAAGUCACUGGUGAUAAAAUACCGGUCGAACAAUUAGAUGAAUAUAAAGUUUCACCUGAGCUAGCAGAUUUGAUGAAGAUUGUUAGUGAAUUCAGAGACGAAGAAUUGGAACAUUUAGAUACUGCCAUUGAACAUGACGCUGAAAAAGCUGUUCCUUAUAUUUUAUUAACCGAAGCUAUCAAAUUAAUAGUUAAAGGUGCUGUAUAUACUGCUGAAAGAAUAUAA